AUGCUCUCGGCCAAGCUUCAGAACAACAAAGUCAAUGACCUUAUCCGGCGAAUGUCUUCAGUCAUCAACAGCAGGGCAAAGAUAACUACCAGUACCUCACCUGAGCACAUACCUGAGCUAGCCCUCCCAUCGGUGAAUUAUUUAUCUGCUGCAAAAUACAUAACCAUAUACUACGAACAAGUUCAUCCUCUCUUCCCUCAUCUAGAUCGCGACACAUUCGACUCCACCGCCGCGAGCCCUGAUCUAAGCACAAUUCUCAUUAACGACCCAUCUUUUUCUGCUCUGUAUCACUCCGUCCUCGCUCUCGGUAGUCUACACGACGGUGGCGGCAGCUUUGAGCCUGGGAAGGGAAGGGCAUGGGAAUUGCUCUCCGUCGCAUUAGCCAAGGUGCCAGAUCUCCCCAAGGCCAAGAACUCGUUGGUCGCUCUUCAGGCAAUAACAACCAUUGCGGUGUACUGUCUCGGUGUACCGUGUAUAUCCAUUGAGCAUAGUAUCAUGACGGAAAUGGCGCGUAUGGCUCAAGAUCUAGCACCUUCUCUUUGUAAAGGCCCCUCUGCGAAGGCGUUCUAUAGGGUAUUCUGGGUCGUUUACGUGAUAGAGAAGAUAAUGAGCUUCCACUUUGGCCGCCCUUCGGCCAUCAUCGACGCCAAUAUUAUUGCGCCUAUGCCCUACAUUUCUGACACCCACCUUGGAGGUCUGAACUGGACGUACAUCCUCGCUCAGCAAAGCCGUCUCUUAUCACGGGCGAUGAAUACUCUCUUCUGCCCUGGGGUAUGCCACAGGGGAUCGCAGUAUUUUCUGAUGACCAUUGAUCAAUUGCUCGAGGACCUUGAGCAGUGGAGGGCAUCUAUCGCUGAGGAAUUUCGUCCGGGGUAUCCGUCACAAUCCAAUUCCCUCCGGAGACCUGUGCACGGGACAGUUGGGAUCUGGAUCAACUAUCUCUACUACAGUCUUAAACUCAUCUUGCUCCGAAGCAGGCUUCGAAUCGACAGUUCUCAGGGCAGCGGAGCGGGCAAGACAAGUCACAGUGAACAGCUCAUAGAAGUCUCUCGUUCUGUACUCGAGAUUGUUACAUACGUUGACGUUGAGCCAUCGACACCACUAUGGAUCAUCGCAGCUAUCCCCUUGUGUGCUCUCUUUCUUCUUUUUGACCACGUCAUCAGCAAUCCGAAGUCUCCAGACACGAGAAGCAAUCUCGCUUUACUCAAUAUCGCAGGUGGACAUUUUAGUCGCCUUGAGUUUGCGAGUGGAGGAACGUUGCCCGGCUCGCUUAUCAGCGAGUUCACAUACAUCGCGCGCGAAUACAUCAAUCAGUGCGACAGCCAGGAUUCACACAAGGGACCCCAAAAUAUUACUUCCUCCGCGGAUCCUAAUCCCUCAAUGGUCGAAUCUUGUAUUUCUGAAGUGAGCCAAAGUCUCGAGCAAGAGUUCGAGAUGGCUCAGGCUACAGUGCUUAACUCUACGUCACUGAUGGAUCCUAUUUAUGCACCGAUAGAAAGUCUCUGGGAUAGUGGCAACGAUCCAUUGUACGGUAUAGAUGUGAUGAACCUUUUUAAUAGUAUUAUGUAA